UUAUUUGUUUGUUUGUUUUGAGAUGGAGUCUUGCUCUGUCACCCAGGCUGGAGUGCAGUGGUGCGAUCUCAGCUCACUGCAACCUCUGCCUCCUGGGUUCAAGCAAUUCUCCUGCCUCAGCCUCCCGAGUAGCUGGGAUUACAGGUGCAUGCCACCAUGUUCAGCUAAUUUUUGUAUUUUUAAUAGAGACGGGGUUUUGCCAUGUUGGCCAGGCUGGUCUGGAACUGCUGACCUCAGAUGAUCCACAUGCCUCGGCCUCCCAAAGUGCUGGGAUUACAGGCGUGAGCCACCAUGCCCGGCCCAGUGCAGUAUCUCGUGGAAGGAAAAGGCAAUUGAGAUCCCUGUGAACUAACUUACGAUAUGUGUCUGGAGAGCUGAUAUACUCCUGAGGCAGCACAGUGAAAGCGUAUUACUGGCCUUACCAAUUGAAAGCAAGCUAUUUAUGGUGGUUUUAAAUAACAAGGAUGGAGAAAAAAGCAUUUGCCAGCUCAGUAGCUACACACCAGGUAGCAGAGGAUGUGUUAAUAUCCUUAAGCAACAAAACCACAUUUGGUACAGCAGCUACAACUGGAGUCACCACCUGGUUAAGCUUGUGAUAAUCCAGUGUCAUUCUUCAAGACCCAUUUGUCUUCUGCAGGGCCAAAUAGGCAAGUUGAAUGGUGAUGGGGUGGGAAUCCAUUACUAUUAUUUUGUAAAUAGUAAAUUUUUACUAUUUACAAAAAUAGUAAAAAAAAUUACUAUUUUUCUAGGUGGAGACAGUUUUAGUAGCUUCCACCUGGCCUCUCCCACCAUAACAGCCCUCAGUCCACAGGUCAGGUAAUCAAUGUGGGGAUUCUGCCGGUUACUAAGUAGAUUUAGUCCAAUUAUGUGUAUGGUAUUGGGGAUACAACCACAGAAUGCUUCUGGGACUUGCUGUGCCCAUUGUGAGAUAGACCUGAGCUAAAACUCCAUUCAUCACCUAACUGCCAUAAGCCCCUACUCUGACUGGUAGAUCACAGUGAUGUUUUGGGUCUCCUGGAAUUAAGGUCAGUUCAGAGCCAGUGUCUAAUUUAAAACAAUUUAAUAAAAAUGAAACAAUAAUUUAUUGUGAUAAAGAAUGCAAAAUGGCCAUGAAAGAACAUUUCAAAGAAAAUAUCUGUUACAGGGUAACUAUCUGGGAAGAUGGCUGAUAUUCUUUGAUGGAAGUUAAAUAGAUAGGAAAUCUACUAAAGCGUUAAUUGAUUUGUGUAAGUGGAAGACUUCUAGGUCAAGUGAACAAAAGCAUAACUUGAUUCAUAAAGACAGAAAGUCAGUGUCCCUCAAUGAAUACCCAGACUUGAGCCAGUGAAGAGACCCAGAAGCCCUUGAACGAAGGGGAGGCCAGGUCCCCUUAAGGAAGAGCACCAGUAUACUUCCAGAAAUUUAUACUGUUCAUCUUUCUCCCAGUCUUCCAAAAGGGACCUAUGGCUUUUAUUAGAGUGACUGUGCAGAGACCAACACUGAGUCCCAACAUGGCACCAUUCUCUGGUGGCAGGUUGGUUACAUUGGACUGCUUUUUUCUCACUGAAAUAGACACUAUGGAUAUGGAUUUGCCUUCCUUAUACAAAGUGCUGCCACCAAACUACCCUGAAAAGUAAUCCCUGAAAGGUCUGAUUAUUUAUUUUCCCCACUGUAACGUAUCUAUGGGUCCCAGAUACCUGCAUUCUCUUAUGUAGUUACUACAUUCAUAUAACUUCGCAAUCUUUCAUUCGGAUUUUAAUUCAUGUAACAUUCAAACACACCAAAUCUCACAUGAUCUCCAACUCAAUCAUAAUCCUUUAAAACAUACACAUCAACCUCAAAGCCACAACAGUCUAAUCACGUACUCCUUCACUGUCAUACAAUUCAUCCAGAGACUUGAGCAUAUUCGCAAACCACUUUCACAUAGUCAUCCCUCAGUGUCCCUCCAGGACCCCUCCCUACCAACAUACACAGAUGCUCAAGUCCCUUAUAUAAAAUGCACACAGUAUUUGCAUAUAAUCUAUGGAAAUCCUCCCAUAUUCUUUAAACCCUCUCUAGAUUACUUAUAACACCUAGUAACCAUGUAAAUACUAUGUACAUAGUUGUUAUAUUCUAUUUUUUAGGGCAUGAUGACAAGAAAAAAAAGCCUGUACAAGUUCAGUACAGAUACAAACAUCAACUUCUUUUCCCAGAUAUUUUCAACUGAAGGUUUGUUGAAUCCACAAUGCAAGACCCAUGGAUAGGGAGGGCCAGCUGUACGUGAUACAUUUCACUCUACUUUCUCUCUCACUGACAGUUUCAAGUGCAAACCAUCUCACAUACAUGAAUGAGAAUCAGACACAAGCAGAAUCACUUGUUCUCAAACAAGCACCAUUUCCUCAUAUUACACUUGGUGAUGGAGUUACUGGUCUCUCAGCAAGGUUAAAAAUCCUUACCAUGGAUCUGUCCCUUCUGGCAGAUAACAUGUGCCAGCUUCCACUCCUCUAAGUCGGCUCUGGACUCUCACACACAAACAUACACAGUCACCUCACACCGCUCCUAUGCAUACGUCUAAGGUUCAGGACGCCCUGGUCCAGAGAUCUGUCAUUCAUCCAUCUCAGACCUUCCUGGUCGCAACCAGCUUCUUCCCUUCUCAGGGGCCGCCACAUCACACUAGUCCUCUAAUCAUGGGUGGACCCAGCGCAAAAAGCCUCACACAGAAUGUCACACGAUCCCUGUGCACGUGGCUGCGCUCCUGCAAACGUGGCAAUCACACGGGUCCAGGUGGCCUCUCACAUUUAAGCCACAUCACGUAUCACCCCCACAGGGGCCACUGCGGGAGUGGCGGCGCUCGCCGCAUGAACCCCACGCGGGCAUACAGAACAGCCAUUCUCAAAAAGCCUCAAAACCGUUUCACCACCCAGCGCGGUGGCUCACACCUGUCAUCCAAUACUUUGGCCACCGAGACGGGAGGAUCGCUUGAGCCCAGGAGUUCGAGACCACCAGCCUGGGCAACACAGCGAGACCCUGUCUUUACCAAAAAAAUAAAAAUAAAAUAAAUCGUUUUGGCCUGACCCGGUGGCUCACGCCUGCAAUCCCAGCACUUUGGGAGGUGGAUGCGGGAGGAGCUGAGGAGGUGGAGACUGCAGUGAGCUAGGAUCGCGCCACCGCACUCAGCCCGGGCAACAGGGCAUGAAGACCCCGUCUCAAAAAGAAAAAAAAAAAAAGUUGAGUGAAAUAUAUGACGUACAGUUUUUGUUGUUGUUGUUGUUUGUUUUUUCUUGCCCGGGCAACAGGGCAAGAAGACUCUGUCUCUAAACAAAUAAAUAAAUAAAUAAAUUGAGUCAAAUAUAUGACAUACAGUUUUGUUUGUUUGUUUGAGAAGGAGUUGCUCUUGUUGCCCAGGCUGGAGUGCAAUGGCGCGACCUCGGCUCACCGCAACCUCUGCCUCCCGGGUUCAAGCGAUUCUCCUGCCUCAGCCUCCCGAGUAGCUGGGAUUACAGGCAUGCGCCAUCACGCCCGGCUAAUUUUGUAUUUUUAGUAGAGACGGGGUUUCUCCAUGUUGGUCAGGCUGGUCUCGGUGAUCCGCCCGCCUUGGCGUGAGCCACCGCGCCCGGCCAAAAAAAAAAUUUUUUUUUAAAUCGUUUCACAUACAAAUCUCACGCGCUACACCCUCACCGUCAGUUCAUAUCCACCUUCUCCUCCGGAGUCACCUUCGGACACGCGCACAACAAAACACCUUUCUCACCACAACUCCACAAAGGGAAGCCGGGUUAGUCCGCGCCCGCCGAAAAUUAUCUUCAGCCACAGCCCGCGGAGGCCGCCUUGAGGGGUUCGGGGCAGCCACUGUGCCUAUUCCGAAAUCCGUCCUCAGUGGAACCCGAAGUCCAGAAUCCGAAAACGAACAUUAACAGGUUGGCGUCACUCCAGCUUCGGGUGAAACUGCGCAAGUGCAGCCCGGAGCCCGGCGGAACACACCCGCUCCAGUCCAGGCGCUCUCCCCUCGGACUGCAUUUCCCAGAGGACACUGCUGUCCACAGCUACUUCCGGUAGGAGCCUCGCAGGAAUGGUCUCCGGGUAGAGGCAGGUAAGGAUGUCCCGGGCCGGUGGAGAAGGCAGAGCUGGGCGUGUGGCUUUGCUUGGAAUCCGAAUCAGAGCUUGGACCAGAGCCUUCCCUGAGGAUGCUGAAGCAACACCUUCUUUGGAUUGAGUUUCUUCCAGAGGGAACGAAGAAGAGGAUUAAAUAAUACAUUCAAUUCUAAAAUAAGACAUGGCCCAUUACUAUUAUUUGUCAUUUUAGGAGUUGGUGAUGUUCAGAGAUGUGGCUAUAGAUGUCUCUCAGGAGGAAUGGGAAUGCCUGAACCCAGCGCAGAGGAAUUUGUACAAGGAGGUGAUGUUGGAGAAUUAUAGCAACUUGGUGUCACUUGGACUUUCUGUUUCUAAGCCAGCCGUAAUCUCCUCAUUGGAGCAAGGGAAGGAGCCCUGGAUGGUUGUGAGGGAAGAGACAGGAAGAUGGUGCCCAGGUACAUGGAAAACUUGGGGAUUUCACAAUAAUUUCUUGGACAAUAAUGAGGCUACAGACAUAAAUGCAGACUUGGCAUCCAGAGAUGAGCCCCAGAAGUUAUCUCCAAAAAGGGAUAUUUAUGAAAGAGAAUUAUCCCAGUGGGUUAACAUGGAAGAAUUUAAAAGCCAUAGUCCUGAGAGAUCAAUUUUCAGAGCUAUCUGGGAAGGCAACUGUCAUUUUGAGCAACAUCAGGGACAAGAGGAGGGUUAUUUUAGACAACUUAUGAUUAACCAUGAAAACAUGCCCAUUUUUAGCCAACAUACUUUACUCACUCAAGAAUUUUAUGAUAGAGAGAAAAUCUCUGAAUGUAAAAAGUGUAGAAAAAUCUUCAGUUACCAUUUAUUUUUUAGUCGCCACAAAAGAACUCAUUCUAAAGAACUUUCUGAAUGUAAAGAAUGCACAGAAAUUGUUAAUACACCAUGCCUUUUUAAACAACAGACAAUUCAAAAUGGUGACAAAUGCAAUGAGUGUAAAGAAUGUUGGAAGGCCUUUGUUCAUUGCUCACAACUUAAACAUCUAAGAAUUCAUAAUGGUGAAAAACGCUAUGAAUGUAACGAAUGUGGGAAGGCCUUUAAUUAUGGCUCAGAACUUACUCUACAUCAAAGAAUUCACACUGGUGAGAAACCUUAUGAAUGUAAAGAAUGUGGGAAGGCCUUUAGACAGCGAUCACAGCUUACUCAACAUCAGAGACUUCAUACUGGUGAAAAACCCUAUGAAUGUAAGCAGUGUGGGAAGGCUUUUAUUCGUGGCUUUCAACUUACUGAACAUCUGCGACUCCACACUGGUGAGAAACCUUAUGAAUGUAAAGAAUGUGGAAAGACUUUUAGGCAUCGCUCACAUCUUACUAUACAUCAGAGAAUUCAUACUGGUGAGAAACCCUAUGAAUGUCGGGAAUGUGGGAAAGCCUUUAGCUAUCACUCAAGCUUCUCACACCAUCAGAAAAUUCAUUCUGGCAAGAAACCUUAUGAAUGUCAUGAAUGUGGGAAGGCUUUUUGUGAUGGCUUACAACUAACCCUACAUCAGAGGAUUCAUACUGGUGAGAAACCCUAUGAGUGUAAGGAAUGUGGGAAGACUUUUAGACAGUGUUCACACCUCAAAAGACAUCAGAGAAUUCAUACUGGUGAGAAACCUCAUGAAUGCGUGAUAUGUGGUAAGGCCUUUAGACUUCAUUCACACCUUAUUCAACAUCAAAGAAUUCAUACUGGUGAGAAACCCUAUGAAUGUAAGGAAUGUGGGAAGGCCUUUAGCUAUCAUUCAAGCUUCUCACACCAUCAGAGAAUUCAUUCUGGAAAGAAACCUUAUCAAUGCGGGAAGGCGUUUAAUCAUAGAUUACAACUUAACUUACAUCAGACUCUUCAUACUGGUGAGAAGCCAGUCAGGUUUCCUCUCCUCCCUCCCCAUCCUAGUCUAGCAUCAUGAAAUUUGUUGAUGGAAAUAUACAUUGUAUUUGUUUUAUUUAAGGAAAAAGUUGGUAAGCCACCAGUUUCAUUAGUAUUGAUUUAUUUAAAUAAUCCUUGAAAAUCAAAUGUUUUUAAGUGAGAAAGUGGAAAACUAAUUAAAGUGUAAAUUUUGGUCUCAUUUUAAUGCUGUUUCUGAGUUAUUGUAUUAACCAUUAUUGAGAAUAAAUUUUUUUAUUGAGAAAUUUUCUAAAAUUACGUUUCACUGAAACAGUGAAAUAAAAUGAAAACAAUUUCCUCCCUUCCCUCAAAUCUCUGAGAUAACCAGUAUGUGUAUUUCUUCUUCCUUUAUGCUCAAACAACCUGUACACAGAAAGCGUUUUUUGCAUGUGUUUGGAGGAGCUUUUACCCCCAUACGGACAUUUGACAGCGUCUUGUCCUUUUCAUAAUAAUCCUGAAUACUUUUCCAGGUCAGUACGUAAAGAUGUAACUCAUUCUUUGUAAGGUUCAGAAUAUUUCUAGAAUGGAAUGUAUGUCCGUAUUUUGGGCCAUUACCUACUACAGACAUUGAAGUUGUUUCUAAUGUUCACCUAGAACUCUAAUUUUACCUUCUUUUGUUUCUAUUGUGCAGAUUCCCAACAGUGGGAUUAAAGAGUAUCUGGCAUAUAUAUUUUGACAUUACAUUUAUUUUUUAAAACCUUCUAAAUUUUUUGUUUAAUAAAAGCACACAUUAUAAAAA